UAUUCCCCUGAGUCGUGGUUUCUAUUUCUGGAGGCUCCGCACCAUCCCACGUUGCUCAUCUCGACGUCUCUUUGUCUGCCGGGUGAACUAGCUCGACCACGGCUGAACACCCAGCGCGCGCCACGCCAUCCAUCAUGGCCUCGGGUGACAAUGUCGACUACGAAGCCGUCAUGGUGGAUGAGUUUGAUGCACUGAACAUCGAGGUCAGGGUUUCGGCGGGCCCAUCGUCUUCCGUGCCGGGUGCUGCCCUGUCAGCGCCGCGAUGCCCCGGCAUGAGAGCCUUGCCGCUGAAGGCGCCCGUCAUGUCGACGCCUGUGCCGGCCGCCGCUCCGCUUCCAACGCCGCCUGCUGUGGACGAUGGGCCAUCUGCUGUGGGUGUGGGCAAUGUGCCACCUGCUGUGGACGAUGUGCCAUCUGCUGUGGACGAUGUGGUCAUCCAGAAGGAGACAACGAAAUAUUCAGCGAAACUCCAUGCUGCCAAGGUGGCCGACGAGCUCAAGGCCAGCGCCGGUCUCGUCUUCCUGCCCGGCGAGCCUUCGCGCACCUACGAGUAUUCGGACAUGGGGCCGGCCUUUUCAUCAAACGCCGCUACUUCUUCUACCUCGCCGGCGUCAACGUCCCUGACUCCCCGCAAGGUCCUCUACAACGGCCGCGUCCCCUCGAUCAAGGACGUCCUCGCGGCCUCUGACGUCGACGAGGUCCGCCACAUGCAGGACCUCCCGGCCUUCCUGCACGCCUACGCCCAUCAGCACGACAAGGCCACCGUCUACCUCCUCGACGCCUCGCAGUCGCACCCGGCCCUCGUCGACAAUGCCCGCGUUCACAUUGACACCGCAGCGCUACGCCCGGCCAUGGACGAGGCUCGCGUCACCAAGACGGCCCAUGAGAUUGCCCUCAUCCGCGAGGCCAACGCCGUCUCCUCAGCCGCGCACCGCGCCGUCAUGCGCCACAUCCGCCGCUUCGCCUCGGAGCGCCAGGUCGCCGCCCUCUUCACCGCCGAGUGCACCGUCCGCGGCGCCCCAACCCAGGCCUACGCGCCCAUCGCCGGCAGCGGCCCCAACGCGGCGACCCUGCACUACGGCGCCAACGACGAGCCCCUCGCCGGUCGCCACGUCCUCGUUCUCGACGCUGGCUGCGAGGUCAACUGCUACGCCAGCGACGUCACGCGCACCCUGCCCCUGGGCCCCACCGGCCACUUCACGCCCGAGGCCCGCCACAUCUACGACCUCGUCGAGCGCAUGCAGGAGGCCUGCGUCGCCGCCGUCGCCCCCGGCCUUCUCUACUACAGCCUGCAUCUCAAGGCCAGCGCCAUCGCCCUGCGCGGCCUGCUGCGUCUCGGCAUCCUCAAGGGCGACGAGAAGGCCAUCUGGGCCGCCGGCACCGUCGCCGCCUUUUUCCCGCACGGGCUCGGCCACCACAUUGGUCUCGAGACGCACGACGUCACCGGCCGCGACCGGCUCCUUCUCGCCGCUGGCGAACGAGAGCCGCGCGCCAAGAGGGACGCUGUCUCGGCCGAGAUGCUCGUCGGCCUGGCGGCGGCCGUGGCAACGGGACCGCCGUACCGCGGCAAGCAGAUGCUUCGGCCGGGCAUGGUCGUCACGGUCGAGCCGGGCAUCUACUUCAACAAGGACUACAUUGAAGGCUACUUCCUCCGCGAGGACAAGCACCGCGCCUUCAUCGAUCGUGACGUGCUGGCGAGGUAUUACCCCGUCGGCGGCGUCCGCAUCGAGGACUGCAUCCUCGUGACGGACGACGGGUACGAGAACUUGACAAAGGCGCCCAAGGGCGAGGACAUGCUGCGGAUCAUCCGGGGGGAGGCGCAGUGA